AUGACUAUGUCGCGAACAGUGCUCUUCUUCAUCGUUAUCGCCGUCUACGGAAUUGACGCUCGGCACAGGAGGCAAUUUUCUGAUGAAGAGCAAAGUGACCUAUCAGUCAGCGGUUGGGAUCCAACGAUUCGGGACCGUUUUGAAAGCUGUCAUUCUAUCGCCUCGUUUGCGCCGACGUCUGAGCAGUAUUGUAAGGCUUUCACAAUGUGCUGCUCCAUGCAGUUCGACCCGAACAAUGGCGAUAAGUGCCAGACGAACGAGCAGCGAUGUAUUCCGCUUGAGCAAGGAGGUGCCGAUGCUGUCUGCAUACAACGUAAUUGUACUGAGCUAGUCACUACUACCACUACUACAACAACUCCUGCUCCUAUAAUUGAGGACGAGCCAAUGAAUACAGCCAGAACCUCCGCUGAGGGACAAUUUUUCACUUCAUCUCAACAUUGCGGGCACAUUUCCUCUGGUAUGGAAAUGUAUACUGAAACAGUAUCGGCCAGAAUUCUUGUCCACUUCUUUUGCCGUUCGGCUCAAUUUCACAUAAUGCAAAAGCGAAUAAAAAGACACAAAGUCAAGAGGCUGCACAAUCUUCGCUGGCGUGACGAUACUAUCGCUAUGGUUCUUGCAAUAAGCAAGAUACUUCACAAAAUCGACCAAUCAUACUGUCAUCCACGACAACGGCCAUAA